AUGCAUGUGAAGCGGGUGAUGUGCGGUGGUCAAGAGGGUGUUGCUGCCAUUGAUGAUUUGGAUAAGAAUAUGGGUAAUAGAUUAAUUGCUUUGAGUCAUAAGCCAGAUGCAGUAGCUUCUGAUGUUGCCAUUGUAAGUCUUUGCAAGAAGAGAAGCUUAGACGAGGCUUUGAGCCAUAAGCCAGAUGCAGUAGCUUCUGGUGUUGCCAUUACGGAAGCAUUGAAGCAGCUUAUGGAGUGA